AUGUCUUACGCUGUAUCUGUUCAAACCACCACCGCCACGAUUGCGAGCUACGCAAGGAAGAUGACCCAGAGCUCUCGUCCAGGCGUGGAAAUCAUUCUCCAUAAUCACAGCGCCGGGAAGGCCUACACUACCUUUGACGAGAUAACGGGCAGGGUCAAUAUCACAAGCUCUCACAAUGUACGGUUCGACGAGAUCAGGAUCACAUUGGAAGGAACAACAAAGACCUUCAUCGACAACUUGCCAACAACAGGUACCACCUCGAGGAAAGUAGCGUAUCACAAUUGGUUGAAGCUGCCCAUGCCGAUACGAGACACCGACUACCCUCAACCACGAGUGCUGGAAUCUGGCAGAACAUAUACAUUUCCGUUUAACUUCAACAUUCCUGCUCAACUACUUCCACGAGCUUGUUCCCACAGUGUUGCAGCAGAUCACGUCCAUCAAGCACAUCUGCAACUUCCACCAAGUAUGGGUGACCGGGAGGUUUCCCAACAUGAUGAUCUAUCACCAGAGAUGACAAGGAUCUCAUACGCCAUCAAAGCCAAGGUCAUCAGAUACCGGGAAGAGGAUGAAAAAGAGGCCGUCCUAGUCGAAGGUCUCAAGAAAUUGUGUGUUGUUCCAGCCGUAGUGGAAGCACCUCCUUUGAGCAUCGUGGAUGGCAACCGCGACUAUGUUCUCUCAAAAACGAAACUGCUGAAGAAGGGUGUAUUCUCCGGGAAAUUGGGACGAAUUACUGUUUCAGCAGACCAGACGAAUGCCAUCAUUCUCCCAUCACCAGCUUCACCUAGCACAAGUCCAGCCACCACAAUGGCAACAUUAAAUAUUCGAUUUGAGCCACACGAUGUCACCUUUGAGCCACCAAAACUCGGCAGCCUAACAACGAAAAUAAAGGCCAUUACAUUUUACAAUGUAAUACCAGCACAGGCACUUCCAUGUACCUUCUUCGUGACCGCUCUGGACGAGGCAACCCGCGGAAUAUAUCACACAUCCAUCCCUCUAUCGUCCAGGCGUGUAACGUCAGUUGCAUGGACAAAGCAUGAGCCUGAGGUGACGGAUACCAGAAGAGAUUCGGACUCAUCAACCAACUCAUCCUACUCUUCAGACAGGGUUUUAAGCCCCGUACAGGAGAGUGCAGUCUACUACACAGCAACCGUCUUGGUGCCAAUAACUCUACCUUCGUCAAAAACCUGGAUCCCGACUUUCCACUCAUGCACCGUCUCACGAAUCUACACUCUAGAUAUUUCUCUCACCAUCCACACACCUGGAGCAGGUGUCCCUGCUUCAUCGGCAUCAUUGCAUCUUCCCGUACAGAUUGCCGCAGCGGGAAACCAAACCCAGCGGCUAGAAUUGACUGCAUCAGAGGCUGCUGCGGAACUAGCCCGUGUCGACGAGUUCUUCGCGCCUAGGAUGCUGGAGAUUCCUAGCGAGGAGUUUCUCGAAAACAGCGUACUGCGUCCCGCUGCUUCUAUUGCUCCGGCUACCACCACGCCGGAUUUACCGCCUAGGUACGAGAACUUCUUUUCGCAAACUAGAGCCGUGGUUAAUCCUAAAAGACGUUGAUGCUGCCAGCUCAAAAUACGUUGGUCUAUUGAUACACGAGCGAACUGUUUUUGCAAGGCGUUGAGGAUAGUAUAUGAAUGGACAAGGAAUUUGAAGUUCUUGAAUGACGGUCGGGGAAUGGGUUUUCUGCUUGAAGAGAAAUAGAUACCCCAUAAAGAGCUAAUAAUAGUCCUUUUUCCUCCUGCG